UGAGUAAUUUUAUCCCAGUUUUAUAAUUGGUGCACAGACAAUGAGUUAAUGGCUGUAAUCAUCAUGAACAAGAAACUAUGGGAAACCAAAAGCAAAUUUACAUGCUUUCAUUCCUAAGACCAAGCGUUCCCCUCCUUUCUCAGUUCAUUUGGUUGACUCUGGACUCGGGUCAAAUCCUGCUCUAAAGAGCAUGGAACGGAAAUCUGGUGCGGAGCUGGCCAACAAGGACUGUGUUGUCGCUGCAGGACUCUGGAGUCCUCCUCAAGUUUGGAAUCCACCAGGACCCGCUCCUUUCUGGGAGGCAACACGGUCUGGAGGCUGUCAGAGACGGGCAAGGGAAGAAAAAAUCAAUACAACCCCGUCUCUAGAAAGGAGUGAUUGGUCUGAUCUUAAGUGGUGAGAGAAGACCUAUUUUGAUCCAAACCAGGGUCUUAGGCUGGGUUAUUUCCAACCCAGUUCAAACAAUUGAUUGUAAGAUGUUUUUUUGGCUUAUGUGCUAUCUUGUGGAUGUGUGGCUGAUUUCUGCCUCAGAUGGAUGUGGAUGUUCAUGGACAUGGGAGAAUACCAGGAGUCAGAAUACAAGGAGUCAAGCAAAAAGACACUAUGAUGGGGACUCCAUGGGCCACUGUCCUGACCCCUUGCUGGUGACUGAUGAGUUCAGUUUCUUGGAGCCUGUGAAUGUGAAUGACACUUUCAUGUUUAAAUGCAAUGAGCAUUGCAUCUUUAAGGGCAGCAAUUGGAGCCAGUGUCGAGAAAACCACGCCCGGGUGACUCACUCUCCUGUCUGCAAAAGCAGAGACUGUGGCCCUCCUGAGACUCCAACUCAUGGCUAUUUUGAAGGAAGAGAUUUCAAGUCUGGAUCUACCAUCACUUAUUACUGUAAAGCAAGGUACCGCCUGGUGGGCACGCAGCACCAACAGUGCAUUGAUGGGGAGUGGACCAGUGCCCCUCCCAUCUGUGAGUUGAUCCAAGAAGCUCCCAAACCAGCCGAAUUAGAGUUGGAGAAGGCGUUUCUUGCCUUUCAGGAGAGUAAGGAACUUUGCAAAGCCAUAAAGAAAUUUAUGCAAAGGUUAAAGAAAAGUGACUUAACAAUGGAGAAAGUAAAAUAUUCUCUGGAAAGAAAGAAGGCUAAAUUGAAGGCAAAAAUGUUGCUCUGACCUUGUAGCUGAGCAGACUGGGUAAUAGAAAUACUCCCAUGAAUAAAAUUUCCUCUUGGUUCUGAAA